AUGGUAUCAGGCCAAGAUGCUUCUGUACAUUACGCCCCCUCCCAUCACACGCUCACCCUGUGGACCCUGAGAGGAGGGAAAACCCUUAUCAGCGGAGGCCAGGUCUGGACUCAGCACAGCGGCUCUCUGCUAGGAGCUGGAGAGACAGAGUACAAGACCACAAGAGAACACAAGAGCGGUGCGGUACGCUGUGAGAGGCAAUACAAUGUCGCAGCGGGCAGCGACAGUCACUGGUCGGCUGUCUAUCACCCCAUGUCCAUUAAUCUUCGGCGUCUCCGAUCACAAGCAAAGAUAAAGGCGGUACCCCAUCAGCGCCGGCCGAAUAAUGGCCGAGCGAGCGCAGACAUCUCCCCGAUAUGUCUCAUCCCACGCGGAGGAUCAGGUCUGACCGCGACCUUAGCAAGUAUUAGCCACCUGGCAGAAGAGAGGAGAGCGCGGGAGGUGGCCGUUCCCCCUCCGCUGCUGAAAAUGCCGGGCAAGAUAACCGAAUUGCUCUGUCUCUUCUCUGGCGACGAAAAGCCUGGCGGUGAAGUUAGGUUCAGACUGCGUCGUAUCUUAUCGCCACUUUCAAACGGCGGAGAUGGUAGAAAAGCAGGAGGGGGAAAUGAGUUCAGCUCAGGUGAGGUGAUGACCGAGUCUGUUCAGAUGGUUGGGGAGCGCUGGGGAACUGGCCGUGGUGCUGAAGUUUGGGGACAGGGGUGUCGAGUUUGCGCGGUGGCUCUCCACGGUGCUAAAGAUGGGUCUUACCUUCAUGAAGCAACUGAUGUGCUCCCAUGUGCUGAGGUACGCACUCCAAGCCCAGUCGUUUCUUUUGGCUCCCCGGUGACAGCGUCAUGUCUGAUUAAGGAGAACUGCUUCUUAACUAAAGGGAGAAAAUUUCAUGUUGAAUGGCUUGUCAAGAACCAGUCAUUAUCUAGCAAUCUCCCAGCGACUGAGAGUAAUGGAACCUAUGGAAUACUCAUACCAAGCUUCAGGUACACUAAAGCAAACCUCCAGUGCUGUGUCCGAUUGGACGGUAACUGUCAGAUCGUGGGUGGAGUGGAAGUAAAAGGAGGAUAUGCUCCACCAGCUCCACGAAACCUGAGCUGCCUCGCAAAUCUGACUGAGUCACGCACCCUGUUUUGUAAAUGGGAUCCAGUGGAGGACCCGCAGGACAUCCCAACACAGUACAGUCUACAUAUAGAAACCAGGGACCCUGAAGAGAGAAAGGUCUACACACUAUCCCCUAGAGUUUAUUCCUACAGGGUUCCACAGAAAGACAUCUUUAUAUUCUCGACUAUGCAGAUUUAUGUCACAGCUGUGAACUCCAUUGGCCAGGCCACUUCAGAGCUCUUGCAGUUCUCUUUUAUGGAAAUAGCAAAACUUGACCCACCAGAGAUUCAGUGGCUCCAUGCAGAUGAGAAUAGGUUUGGCUGUUUGAAACAAAGCUGGAGUUUUCCAGAAAACUUAAGGUGGAUAAAGGUAACUUUAAACGCAGAGUUUCGACUGACACCAGUGCAAAGCCAACUGAAGGACAGAGAACAGAUAUUUACGAGGUCGGUACGGCCUGGGAGGCAACUGGAGAUAUGCGGUCUCCUUCAUGGGACAGAGUACCAUUGCCAGAUGCGAGUCAGGUAUAAGCAGAGUCCGUGGAGUGAAUGGAGCCAGCCUAAGAAAGGAACCACUUUAGAAAAAGCUCCCAAUGGCCGAUUGGACACAUGGCUGAAGGUGAUAGAAGAACAGCCCCUUAAUACUGUGCAGCUAUUCUGGAAGGCAACAAAGCAGUUCAGAGCCAACGGAAUGAACUUGUCUUACAUUGUCUCAGCCCAGCGACGGCCGGCAUGGAAACUGUGUGAAACAAAUGAAAAUUACUGUGUUUUCCAACUCCCCAAACGUGCCAAACUUGUGUACCUGACUGCUAAAAACUCUGUGGGGAGAUCCACUCCCAUAACAGUACAUAUAAAUAAGCACAGAGAUCUGGAUUUUGUUUACAAUAUGAGUGCCAGCCCUCAGACUGAUACAGAUCUGCUGGUUCAGUGGGCAACCCCAGAAUCCUCAGGUGUAACUGGAUAUGUGUUAGAAUGGAAACCACUGUGCAACAUAAGCCCUGCUUUCACCUCCUUUGAUCUCGUCAGCAAAAAUCAAUCCAGUUCUCUAUUAUCAGGCUUCCAGCCAUACAAGCCCUAUGCAAUCUCUGUGUAUCCCUUAUUCAAGGGUGGGAUAGGUCGUCCAAAAACCAUAGAGACCUACACCAAACAGAAAGCCCCAUCUGAGCCUCCGAAGCUGAGUUUAGGAGCGAUCCGAUAUUCAUACGUUGAACUACAAUGGGAUGAAAUUCCACUGGAGCACAGGAAUGGGAUCAUCCAAAGCUACACGGUUUUCUGUUGGGAUGAGGAAGACAACGUAAAAGUUUUCAGUGUGAAUAAAACCCAGAGGCGUUUGGUUUUUAGAGAUCUCAAGCCUUAUUCUAUGUACAAGGCUUUUCUUAUGGUCAGCACAGAGGGAGGGAGUCUGAACGGAACGGUUGUGACCUUUCAAACUGAAGUUAUAGAUGCCUUGAGUAUUCUGCUGAUUGUGAUCCCUGCUUGUGUUGGAGUAACUCUCUUCAGCAUCAUCCUAAUGUUUACCUGCUUGACCAAACAUAUGCAACUGAAGAUGUGCCUUUGGCCCAUCAUCCCGGAUCCUGCCAACAGUACUAUAAAGAAAUGGAUUAUAACAGAGUCACAACAGGAUCUCCCUUCCUUUAAAGAUAUCAAGGAGCCUAUGCUGGUUUCUCUGUCUCAUUUGAGUGUGCUGGACCUGUCUAAUGAUGACGGGAAGAUGAAAGAUGAAAGGCUCUGGCAGAGUGACGGGAAAGAUGGUAGUGACCGUGAAGAGACCUCACCCCGCCCCUCCAUCUCUUAUAACGAUUCUGUCCCCUACGCCACCGUGGUGUUUUCUGGCUCUUAUCGGAGCCAGCCUUCCUCUUCCUCACCAGUCUAUCUGCGUUCUGAGUCUACUCAGCCUCUCUUGGAGGCAGAGGAACCUUCCAGCCCUCCUCCGUACGAGAACGUGUCUGUUAGAGCGACGACUGAAAAUGAUCAGUUUGGCAAGUUUGAAGCAGGUAGCUUAGGAGAGGGUGUGAACGGUAUGCACUGGGAGGAUUUUCCCUUACUGAGUGCCUUAGAUAUAGUAACCAAUACAGAC